AUUUAACUCUAAUAAGAUUUAAAAUAUUAAUAUAAAUGUCUUCUGGCCAAUCAGAUAUAAUUUAAAAAUUACAACUUCAAUUAAGAAUAGUUUUAAUUAAAUAAAGUAUGCGUUGAGCCUCCAUAUCUCUCAUCUACAUUUACAAUUUGCAACGAACGGCUAAAUGAUCUAAUUCAGCUGAAGCCUAAAAAUUAAAAAAGUGAAAAAGUUACUCUUAUGGCCAUAAGAGUUCGUCUAUUCUCCAUGGAUACAAGUAACUAAAAAAAUAGUCUUUUUAUUUAUUAUUUACUUUUUAAAUUAAUUAAAUAGACGGUUUAUUAAAAAAUUAGAGAUCAAUCAAAAAUGAGACAAGUGACAAAUGUUAAGGACUUUCAUCAUUCUUAUUAGCUGGGUGCUAAUAAUUAAUUGAUGUACAAUGAUUGAUAGUAUGCGCUGGUCUGACCAUAAUUAUCCAAUUGUUAAUUUAACUGUCAAAUAAUUUGAUAUUUGAUUAGUUGUCGCAAACAAUUGAUGUUUUGCUGGAACAUUUAUUUAAAAUGAAGUUGUAGCGCUGUAAAAAUAACAUAAAUAAAAUUUCUGUCGAUUACUCAUCAUGCUUUUGAUAUGUUACAUUUGAUUAAAAAAAGCAUGGGUUGUGUUAAUAGCCGUACAGAUAUAAAUGAUCUGCACCCGAAUAUAUUUCAAGUAAUGAAUGUUGAUGAUUUGGGCAAUCUCAUCACUCCAGGAAGGCUAGAAGUUACUGAAACAGAUAUUGUACUCUAUCAGAGAGGAAGACAGCCAGUUAAAUGGCCAUUAAAGUGUUUGAGAAGAUACGGUUAUGACUCUGAAAUUUUUAGUUUUGAGUCGGGCAGAAGAUGUUCCACUGGCCCGGGUAUUUAUGCAUUUAAGUGUCGGAGAGCAGACCAAUUAUUUAAUCUUGUACAAACAAAUAUACAGGCUUGUAAUAAUGGCGAAGAUGCAAUAUCUCGUGACCUCUCAACCCCUUCAUAUUCCGGUCCAACGAUAACACGUACGACAAUACCAAAUGAGCCGAAUUACCUCGAUCCAACACCGCUAAGGCCUAACGGUCGUGUGAAUCUUCGGUUUUCACACAGUCAGCCGAAUGAAGUUGGAAGAUUAGGAAGUGUAGGCAGUAGCAGUGGCCCAAUGUCACCACAAGGAACGAUGAGUUCUCCAUCUCCACCUCCUAUGAUGUUGCCACCACCUCCUCCUGUUCCACAACCUUAUCCGUCCGCUUUGUACGUCAACGAUGAUGUUUUGUCGUCAAUGGCUAUGGAGUUGGAGCACAACAAUAACAAAAGUUUACGAAAAAUGCAAAGAUCUUGUACUGUAAGCAGUACAACUUCGAGUAGUGGUUUUACAUCGGAUACAAUAGGAAUGUUGAAUCAAGAAGUACAUAAUCACAAUCGACCGCCACCAUUGCCAAUGGCCACAUAUAUGAAUGUAGAUUUAAGCAAUGACGUCAGUCCACUCUCGCCUUCACAUAGUAAUUCUAUUUCAACACCAUUAAAAGAAGACAUAAGUGAGACAGAUAAUUCACGACAUGCCUAUAUGAAUAUAAACCCCAGUCAAGAAAAUAUUAUCGAGUGUUCAAAUAAUCAACGCACACGACUGCCGACAUUGCCAAUAGUACCACUGUCUCUUCCAACAGAUUGGGAUGAUAAUAAUUCCCGUCACUGUUAUGCCAAUCUCGAGCCCAAAGAGAUUGAUAAUUUGCGUAAUAAAUUCACUGGAGUCUCUACGAAUAAUGAUAAUAAAUUGACAACCUUACCACCUACUUCGCCUGUUGAAGCAACACGGGAAGUUAAUUACGCUGUAUUGGAUCUGGAUCAAAAUAGUAUGUCUGUUCCAUCGGUUUCUGAUAUCGCUGCUGCUACUGGAACCACAGCUAGUUCUACUACCACUACUACCACUAACGCUGCUCCAUCGCCGCCAGAAUCCCCUAAUAAACUCCAAAAAGGAUACGCGACCAUUGAUUUCAAUAAAACAGCAGCGUUAUCGCAUUCUGUUAAUCCAAAUGGCGUGAAUGAUAAUGAAGGAUCCAGAAAAACACGACAUAAUUCAACUAUCAACGACUUAGCAACUCCGUCAAGACAAAGCUCUUCGAUAAGUGAGUGAUUUCAUAUCUUCCGUUUUAUUUUUUUUAUAUUACAUUUUUAUUAGGGGACCUUCUGGUAAAAAUUUUGUUUAAUUCAUACAACAUAAAUUCUGUCGAAUUUUUAUGUAAUUUUAAAUUUGUUAAUUUUAAUAUUUAUUAUAUCUUGAAUAUUACCAGUGACAUGUCGCGUUACAGGUGCCAUAAGGGCGUAUAAUAAAAAUCCUAUUUUUUUUCUAAGUCCAAAAUAAAUUUUUAGUUUAAACAAAAAUUU